UAUAUAUUCUAAGAGUCGCGCCAUCACCUCCCUUAUCGGUUCUUCUCUCAAUCCAUCGAAUUUCUCUCUCAAGAAUCGUGCACAGGUCAAGAACAUGUCGAGCGACGAAGAGAUUAUGGACGAUUUCAACGGGACCUCGUGUGACGUGAAAAAUGGCCUCAAAGACCGAUCAAAGAAAGUGGCUCAAACGAAAGAGAUGUUGUCGAAACAAGCUGUUAAAUCCAAGGAGAUUUUGUCCAAACAAGCCGUUAAGAUCGCCAAACGGGCCGAAGAACAUGAACAAUUCAUCGAAAAGGUGACUCAUUUCUGUGGUGUUCUGGGUUUUGGAGCAUUCUGCUUUCUUUUGGGUGCAAGACCACAAGAUAUUCCCUACACAUACUGUUUGUUCUACGUCAUCUUCGUUCCUCUUCGGUGGAUUUACUACCGGUAUAAGAAAUGGCAUUAUUUUCUUUUGGAUUUUUGCUACUAUGCCAAUGCUAUCUUUUUGGUCACGCUACUGUUUUAUCCGAGAAAUGAAAAGCUUUUCAUGGUUUGUUUCUCAUUUGCCGAGGGGCCAUUAGCAUGGGCUUUGAUUGUUUGGCGCUGUAGCUUAGUUUUUAAUUCUGCUGACAAACUUGUAAGCGUCCUUAUCCAUCUUUUGCCCGGGAUUGUUUUCUUCACAAUUCGAUGGUGGGAUCUGGUAUUCUUUGAAGCCAUGCAUCCUGAAGGAACUGCUCCAAGAGCUUCAUGGCCUUAUGUAGAGAGUAAAUCAUACCUGUGGACAUGGCUAUUUCUAGUACCCUUGGCUGCUUACAGCCUCUGGCAGCUUCUAUAUUUCCUCAUAGUAGAUGUCCUGCGUCGCCAAAGGAUGUUAAGAGAUCCUGAAGUCAUGACUUCUUACAGGGAACUGUCAAAAAAAGCGCAGAAAGCUAAUAACAUGUGGUGGAGAUUAAGUGGUUUGCUCGGGGAACAGAAUCGUCUUUUCAUGUAUAUUCUGCUUCAAGCAUUGUUCACUGUAGCAACCAUGGCGCUUACAGUCCCCAUAUUCCUUUCGUAUCGAUUACACGUGAUUUUCCAAAUACUCAAGGUUUCUGCGACGAUAUGGUACGGAGGAAGCUUUUUACUUGAAGUGAUGCCGAAGCAGGUGAUCCUUAAGGAGAAGAGAAAAACAGAAACUCAGCCUGGACAAACCCAGCAUGAUCAUUCCUCAGUUGUGCAAGAAGUUCAAUGAACACGAUCAGAGGCAUGAAUCUCACUAGUUGUACACGAUAAUUUUGAUAGUUUGAUUUGUAUGCAAUUUUGAUAGUUUGAUUUGUAUGCAAUCGGACGAAACCUUGUUAUGGAGUGUUGGUUGUUUAAACCUUGUUAUGGAGUGUUGGUUGUUUAGGGUCUUAACUUGUAGUUUUAGUGGUAGAUUUGGAAAGUGGAACUGUAUUAUUUUCACAUUCAACAUGUUUUUGAACUCAAACUGGAUGUUGGAAGACUGGGAAUUUGCAUUUCGAUUCAGAUAGUAACGAUGGACAAUUGGAGGA